AUGCUCUCGGCGCCACCUACUGAGCUGUUGAGAGGAUUGGAAGGUUAUCGGCGGCAAGUAGUGAGAGGCUUCAAAGUUAUGGCGAAACCGAAGAAGCAUUGGGAAGUUGAUUUCUCCCAGUGGACUAAGGAGCGUGCAACAAGACUGAGGAAGAAGCAAGAACGGCUCUCCCAAGAAGCUAACGCGUAUGAUACCAUCAGGAUGUGCUAUAGACGAGGUUUGGAAAAGUUGGUAUAUAACGGGGAGAUUAGUAAGGACACAGCGAGCCGAUGGGCUAAGAUAGAUGCUCAGCUCGUGGAGUUGCAGUCGAG